CCUCGUGGAGAAGCAGAUGCGCUUCCGCCCGGAGAAGGCUCACCGUCGACCCGUGCAGCGGCUGCAGUGGCGCAAGAGCAAGUGGCAGCCGGACCCAGACGAGCCCAGCAGCUACCUCGACCUCAACCGUAUCAGCUCCAUGACUAUCGCCGACGUCAGCCCCAAGUUCGCCGUCAAGCGCAUCCUGAUGCUGUACGAGAACCAGCAGUACCGGGAGGCGGCCAACUUCGUCAACCGUCUGAGCCACGGCACGUUCAAGGUAAUCCUGACGGAUCUGCCGGUGGACGUGUUCAUCGAGUCGAUGCCGGACAGCUUGCCGAUCCUGGAGGCGCUCUACGCCAAGGUGUUCCUCUCUGACGGGCUCAACUUCUCGGUGAAGACUCUGAAGCCGGAUGCGGUGGUCAUGCAGAUGGUCAAGUUCUUCGCGCAGCAGGAGGACAGUCUGACGGGCAACAUCAAGUGGGAGCUGUGCGGCCCCUUCAUCGCCUCUUGCAAGAAGCUGCUGAAGGUGAUCGUGCACACCGAUCCCAAGAUCAAGAAGAUGUUGGUGUCGCGGCGUAAGGCGCUGGACAAGGCGGUGGAGGGCAUGGGCCACCACGGCAUGGUGGGCACCUCCGACGGCUCGCUGAUGAAUCUGCACGACGCGCUGAAGCUCGAGUUCAAGAAGGUGGUGACGUCGUACAAGGCGGCGCUGGAAAAGCUGGAGGAGCUGAGUUUGUCGACGGCGUCCAAGCAGACGCUGUGCCGCAGCAUCAGCCACGGCCCGGCGCCGAUCCAGGUGUCGCAUCAGCGCCAGCUGAGUAUCACUCAGCAGGAGAUUCAAGAGAGGCUCAUCAAGAACAAGACCAUCCUGAAUGUGGUGGAGCCGAUCCUGGGCAACCACAGCCUGGACAUCUUCCUUGGCAUCUUGCAGCGCCGCAUCGACCACGACAAGGACUGCCUCUUCCAUUUCACGCAGCUGAAGAAGGAAGUGAAGGACAUGAAGGACGCCUCAGUGGUUGUGCCCAUCCUGAUGCGCUACGGUCACGGCAUCGACCAGGUGCUGAAGCUGAUGCGGGAAGUGUCGGGGGACCAGGAGGAGAGCGACGGCAGUGACAUUAUCCGGCUACCACUCCGACCUCCGACUCGGCCAUCAUGA